GAGGAAUGAGCCUAAGAUUGUUGUUUCCGAACUGCCACCUCUAAGGUUAACAGCGGUAAUGGUGGUCAACCUCUAUAGACGACACUUAAGAAGAAGAUGCGUUGAUGUUUAUUUUAGUAUUAACUAAACAUAAUUCAAAAUUACAGGAAACAUUUUAAUGUGUAUUAACUAUGUAUCACUUAUCUACCAUAUUGUACCUACUCUACUAUUUAAUUAAUCAAAAUACCUUAAUCUACAAAUGGAAGUGGAUAACUUAAUUAAUCUAAUAACAUCAAGAUUAGACUCUAACGAUCCGUACAAAAUUUAAUAGUAGUGGAUAGCAUUUCUUAAUCAGUUACAGAAUAGGUUGCACCUCUGGUUGAUCUAUUUUUUAACCGUUACCACUGUUACGGUGUUUAAAAUAUAAACCUAUGAAUAAACCGAUAAUUAAAAUAUAAACAUAAAAAUAUGAAGGGAACCAAACUCGAACCAAUACUUUUCAUGCUAAGACCCAUAAUAAUUAUUGAAAAUAUUUUUGGAAAAUUCAGAUAUAGAAAACUUUGUGGAAAUAUCGACACAAUAAACAAGACAAUGAAAUGUUACGCAAUCCUCACACUGUUAGUCCCCGUGACAAUGUAUAUUAUUAAUUUUGCUAACACCGUAUUAUACAAUACUUUUACAGAAACAGACAAUGCUGUGGACGUAGUAGAUGAAGUCUCCGCCAUGGUAACGGUAAUACAACAUAUCAUAUCAACUAUAAUGUUUUUGUAUUACAGUGAAAACAAUGUGCGUAUUAUAAAACUAAUUGUCGACAUAGAUAAUAUUCUAAAUAUCUCACAUAAUAAACAGACAUAUAAGGAUUCUCGAAAAAGGAUUCAAAUUAUAAUAUCAUUGAUAACAUUUAUUUACUUAUUUGCAGAAUUUUUUAACUUUUUAGUAUGCGACAGUGCAUCGUUAGUGCGUGAAGCAAUAAUUCUAUUUAUUGAUUUUGAACGUCACCUCGAAGUUUUGUCUUUUUGUAUUUUUAUAACAACAAUUAAAAAUAGAGUUCAAGUUGUGAACUCUCAUUUAGAACAAGUUAUAAAAAUUAAACAUCAAAGUCAUGUUAGGGAUAUUGCAGCAAGUGAUUUAAGAAAUCAAACCAAUGUUAUAAAUAUCCAGUUUGCAAUAAACAACCACUCUAUAAUUCACACUUUAGCUACCAGCUAUGAUUUGAUCGGAGAAGCGUGUAAUGAGAUUAACAAAACUUUUAAUUUUAACAUAUUUAGAGCAUUGGUUAGUACUUUCAUGUACAUUAUAAUUACAAUAUGGGCAACAAUCUACGAUAUAGGAACUACUGAAACUUCUAAAUCCUUAACCCACAUGAUAUCGACGUGUAUUAUUGAAAUAUUGUCAGUCAUUCUAAUGUCUUAUACUUGUGAAAUCAUGCUUUUGAAGCGCAAAUCUACUAUGAUCUUAGUGAAUGAAAUUGUCAUGGACUACGAACUUACUAGACAAAUGCGUAUCCAGGCUAAGGCAUUUAUGGAAUUAAUAGAAUUGUGGUCUUUAAAAAUUUAUGCUCAUGACAUGUUUAUUAUUGACAUAAAGUUGUUGCUCAAAUUUAUAAGUGUGUCGACAACAUAUCUUAUAGUACUUAUUCAAGUUUCGCAUUUUUUCUAACCAAUUACUUACCAAUUUGUAAUUAUUAACCUUGACCUAAAUAUUUUAGAAAUAUCUAAGUCAAGGUAAGCCUAUAUAUUUUACAAAUACAUAGAAUCGACAGGCACAAAAGUAGCAUUAA